UGUAUUGUUGAUAUAUUAUGGUGGCUAAGCGAUCAUACUUUCGAAAGGAGUUCCGGACAAGGCUUAUGCUGAUGUGAUCUAAAAUUAGCUUCCUUUCUACGCCGCUCAAGUGCUGGAGAUGAUGGUAACACAAAUGGGUGAGAAUAUGAGCAGAUUCUUGUAAUCAGCCGUUGUGUUGCACUGUUGCACUUUACAUAUUCAAUUAUACAAUUACCGUAGUCAUAGAAGCUCAGUAAGCAAGUGAGAAACCAGCAUUAUAAUAACGAUGCGGGGCAAACAGACGCUCUUGCACAUUUGCCCCGAUUUCCUUCAAUUCUCCACUUCUGUUCCACUCUAUUCCAAACCUGAUCCACCAUCAAUCCCGCCUAGUAAAAAUGGCUGCGAACAUCAAUACGAUUCUAAUCAUCGGAGCGACAUCCGGCAUAGGUGAACAGUUUGCUAGGCGCUUUCAUGCCUCGGGAAAGAAAGUGAUCGUCACGGGUCGCAGAGCCGGCAGACUCUCUGUUUUAAAAGAGGAGCUCUCGGGGAUCGAGACAGUUCAGGUAUACGUGCCCUGCAUUAGAAAGUCCCGCUCUUGCUAUUUUCGCCACUUUCUUCAGUUAAACCUAGGAAAGAAUUACGCGGCUGACAUGACACUACACAGUGGGAUAUCACGGACUUUAAAGAACUGCCCGGCCAAGUCGCAAAUAUUCUAAAAUCACACCCUACCCUAGACACAGUUUUCAUCAAUGCAGGCAUCCAAAAGUCAUCGUCUCUCAUAGACCCAUCCACUAGCACCCCCGCAGACGUUAUCAACGAAAUCAACUCGAACCUCACAGCCCCCGUUCUCUUGACGCAGCUUUUCGUUCCCCACCUUAUCUCCCUUGCCUCCGCAGGCAAAUACGCAAAUCUAUUGAUCACAAGUUCAUCCCUCGCCUUUUUUCCUAUGGCAUUUUAUCCAGUCUACUGCCCUACCAAAGCAGCUAUUCACUCUUUCCUCGUGAUUCUCCGCCAACAAAUCAGUUUUACACCUGAGACCACACAGAAAUAUUUCAGCGUCGUUGAGAUUGUACCACCAUAUACAGACACUGGCUUGGACAGCGAGCAUCGAGACUUGGUGAAUCAGAUGCAAGGCGGUGCUGAAAAAGCCUUCAAGCCUAUGCCGCUGGAUGAGUACAUAGGGAAGGCUUUCGAGAGCUUGAAUGAGGUUGAUGAAGGAGGAAAAUUGAAGAAAGAGGUUGGUGUUGCGUUUGGCCAAAUGGGAAUUGAUACUUGGAGAGGCAGCUUUGGUCAGGCUUUGGAGGGUAUGGGCCUUAAGUGUUAAUUAAAAAGCAAUUUUGUUUUUCAAGCUUGUCGUACCGAUAAUCUUUAGUGCGUAGCCUUUUAGUCUCAAUUAUUUCAAUGUAAUACUUUCACAUGCAAGCUUUCAAUCCUUUUGUCCGAGAAAUUUCAGGUCAUCAUUGCAUAUAUCUAUGAGUAUAAGAAUUUUAUU